AUGUCGCGUGGAGGGCGCAGGGCGUGCAGCGGCGUGCGUGCGCGAAGCCACGGCAGCACCUCUUCCUCUGGGGAUCAUGGGUGGGCGGGCAAUAGUGAGCAGCCCCCGCCCGCCACUGCCGCUGCACCAACGCCACUUGCUGCCAGCACCCCUCCCCUGCCUGCUCACCUGCCCGUCACAGCCCCAGCUGCUUCCCCUGCUGACGCUGCAGCCAUCGUUGCUCCCGCUGCCACGCCUGCCGCUCCCUCGCCAGUUGCAUCGGCCACUGCUCGUGCUGCUGUGCCACCGACCCUGGCUGACGAGCCGCCAGCAGCGGGCGAGGUUGGGCAACAGCAGCAGCAGCAGGAGGCAGGAGAGAAGGAGGGCAAGGCAAGCCGGGGUGAGGUAGCAGCGGAGGAGGGGCGAGCGGGCUGGGCAGAGAGGGAGCAGCUGGACUGGAACAAGGCGUGGUACGCGGUGGGCGUGAUCGCAGACAUGGACGCGAGUCGCCCGCACGCGCUCACAGUGGUGGGCCGCCCCCUCGUGCUCUGGCGGGACGCCUCCCACACCUGGCGCGCCUUCCUCGACCACUGCCCGCACCGCCUCGUUCCACUCUCCGAGGGCCGCAUAGAUGAGAAGGGCCGCCUGGCGUGUUCGUACCACGGGUGGGCGUUUGCAGGCAGUGGUGCGUGCCAGCUCAUCCCGCAGGCGCCCCAGAACAACCCGGGCCAGCCUCCCCGCGCCCUCUCCUCUCCCCGCGCCUGCGCCACUGCCUUCCCCACCAGGGAGUUCCAUGGCAUUCUCUUUGUGUGGCCGGACAGCGCCUCUCCAGAACAGGCGGAGCGCACGGCCAUCCCCGAUCCCGAGGGAGUGGACUGGUCGGCGUUUGACGUGGCGUUGUAUGCGCGCCGCCUGCCCUACAGCUACGAGAUGCUCGCUGAGAACUUUGCCGACCCCUCGCACCUCUUCGUGCAUCAUGGCAUCGGCCCGUUGAACCGCGAUCAGGGCGCUCCCAUGAAGGAGAUUAGUGUGCAGCGCGUGCCGUGUUUGGAGUCGACUCAAAGGGAACCUCUACUCUACCUUCAUGCAGGAGAUGAGUGUGCAGUGCAACAUGUGACCAAGGAGGGCUUUCAAGGCACCUUUCAUGAUGCGUCCUCGCCUGCCACCUUCACCUUCAGCGCCCCCACCUUCAUCUGCUACAACCGCACCCUAGCAGAAGCAGCGGCGGCGGCGGGGGCAGCUCCCCCCGCGCCCACAACGGUGCUCAUCUGCCUGUACAUGACGCCCAUGCGCCCGGGGGAGUGCCUCAUGAUCUUCCUGCAAGGCAACAACGAGGGUGUCGUCAAGGCCAGCAACGAGGGAGGCAGUGGCAGUGGCGAUGGCAAGGGGGGUGAGAAAGGGGCUGUGGGGUCGAGGAGGAAGUCGCUGUGGGGGGAGCAGUUUGCUGCGCAGGCGUGGCGAUCGCACCUCUUCACUCACAAUGUCUUCGACAGCGACAACUACUUUUUGCACUGCCAGGACAUUCUCGUGGGCCACAAAAUCCAAUCCAUUGCCGCCCAGCAUCGAACCACUGCCAUGGCCAGCGCAGGGGCAGGCGGGUUGACAGAGCAGGAGAGGGAAGAGGCAGAGAAGGAGGCGGAGAGGGCAGCUGGGAGGGCGAGUGCGCGCUUCUGGCAGUCGGAGUAUUUCCUGCCCGCCCCGGCUGACCUCUUCGUGGUGGCCUUCCGCCAGUGGAUGGGAACGUAUGCAGGCGGUGCCGUGUCCUUCCCCCCGGGCUACUCGCUGCCCCCACAGCCACUCCCCAAGGAGAUCAACAGCGUUUCGUGUCAUGCUGGCACAUAA